AUGCCCAACGCCCGAACAACCAGCGCCGACUCAUCCGACACCAUGAGCUCCCAAUGGGCCCCCGACGCCCAAGUCGAACCCGAAUCAUCCCCCUACCCUUCCGAAUGGCACCCAUACUUCGCCAGACGGCAAAGCACCUCCUCCCUCUCCUCCUCUGACCCUCCAACAACGACCCCAACCCCAAACACAAUCUACCCAGAUGGAGCACACUCGCUCGCCGGCAUCUCUCUACGCGCCUUUCUUUUGGGUACCUCCCUGGGGGUCACAGCAACCCUGACCCUCCUAACAACAACCCUAACCCCAACAGCGUUCUGGCGCAUCCCAUUCUUCAUCGCCGCGCUGAGCCUAUUCCACUUCCUCGAAUUCUUCGUCACAGCCCGCUACAACACCCCCGAAGCAAAAGUCAAAGCCUUCCUCCUCUCCUCAAACGGCUGGGCCUACAACACAGCGCACGGCUCCGCGCUCAUGGAAUGUGCUCUCUCGCACUGGCUCUGGCCAGACGGUAGUCGGGUGUCUCAGUGGCUUUCGUUUACCGACCCGAUCUUUGGCACGAAGAUUUCCAUCCUCCUCUCUCUGGGCCUAUUGUUGACGGGCGUUGGACAGCUCGUCCGCACGCUAGCAAUGGCGCAAGCCGCAAGUAACUUCAACCACCACGUGCAAUCCACCCGGCGCGACGGACACGUCCUCGUUAAGAGUGGUGUCUAUGCGUACCUGCGUCACCCGAGUUACUUUGGGUUCUUUUGGUGGGGGCUUGGGACGCAGUUGGUGCUUGGGAAUGUGGUUUGUUUCUUUGGGUAUACGUUUGUGCUUUGGAGGUUUUUUUCGACGAGGAUUAAGAGUGAGGAACAGUUCUUGAUUUCUUUUUUUGGGGCGGAUUAUGUGCAGUAUCGGGAGGAAAAGCCUGUCGGAAUUCCUGGUAUU